AUGUCCUCCGCAGGCUCUUCCAGACCCAAGGUCAAUCUUCGCUCGACAGCAGUCAAGCGGAUCAUGCAGGAGGCGAACGAGCUGUCGGACCCGUCCGAGCGGGACUUUGUCGCUGCGCCGCUGGAGACUGAUAUCUUCGAGUGGCACUGUACCAUGCGCGGGGUAGAAGGGAGCGAGUUUGAAGGAGGUCUGUAUCACCUGCGUAUACUCCUCCCGCCGAGCUACCCCAUGUCCGCACCGGACAUCAUCCUCUUGACGCCGAAUGGUCGAUUUGAGCUCGGCAAGAAGAUUUGUAUCGAUGGCUUGACAAGCUUUCACGCUGGGUCCUGGCAGCCCGCAUGGGGCGUCCGAACGGCUAUCCUCGGACUCCGCAGCUUCUGGAUGCAAGGCGGUGAAGCGUUGUCCGCGAUCGGUGCGCUGGACACCUCAAAGGAAGAACGGAAACGGCUCGCCAAGCUCUCGAAAGAAUGGGUCUGCCCUACUUGCGCUUGCCGGAAUAGCGAGCUCCUCCCUGACGAGGCAUCAGAUCCUACUGCGGAAACUGCUGGAGGGAGACCACUGGAUACGAACGAGGACGGGCUCCAGCCGGAGAUCGACACCAGGAGGGAAGAGCCCCAUCGACCGCCGAUAUACUCGAUAUCGUCGGCAGGCCCUCUGGUCUCUUCAUUCACGCUUCCAGAGCCGGAGCCUGACGUUCCAUGGAGAGAGGAAGACCCACUCGCUUCUGUCGUGCCAAUACCGCAUGUGGAGGGAGAGGAGGAGAGGGACGUCCCGCAGCCACGAUCAGUCGGGAUCAGCUCUACGCCAAACUCGGUACCUAUUCCUACCCCAUCAUCCUCUCACGAUACACCCCAACCUCAACCAUUACCCACGCCCACUAUACCCCUGCCCUCCCCUGCACAGCCUCAGCAGACCAGUACUACCCACUUCCCGGCGCUGUUACAGCAAAACAGGCGCGGCGUGCCCCUCUGGCUCGACGCGCUCAUUUUUGCGUGCGUUUCGAUGCUGGCGGUGCUGCUCAUGCGGAAGGCGGUCGUGGGUGGUGGAAGGGACGAAGGGGCGACAUCGUGGUUGAGGGAGGACCUAUAG